CGCAUGCGCAGUGCCUGCUGGACGGGCUUGCUGGGCUGCUGUUGCGCAUGCUCAGUGAAGCGUGGUCAGCUGACUGGUCAGGUGGUCAGUAGCGGCCUCGGUUCGUGAUCUCUGAGACGGAUUCUUAUUUCCCCCCCUGAAAUGGGCUCGUUUAACGAACUCUACUUCAAUGUGGAGAACGGCUACCUGGAGGGCUUGGUGAGAGGGUUCAAGGCCGGCAUCCUGUCGCAGGGUGAUUAUCUGAAUUUGGUGCAAUGUGAGACUCUGGAAGAUCUGAAGCUUCAUCUCCAGAGCACGGACUAUGGUAAUUUCCUGGCGAAUGAGGCCUCCCCACUCACUGUGUCAGUGAUUGAUGAUAAGUUGAAGGAAAAGAUGGUGGUUGAGUUUAGGCAUAUGAGGAACCAUGCAUACGAGCCACUGGGCAGCUUUCUUGAUUUCAUCACGUACAGCUACAUGAUUGACAAUGUAAUUCUCCUGAUUACUGGAACAUUACACCAGCGAUCCAUUUCUGAACUAGUACCAAAGUGCCACCCCUUAGGCAGCUUUGAGCAGAUGGAAGCAGUGAACAUUGCCCAGACACCAGCAGAACUUUACAAUGCCAUCUUGGUUGACACACCUUUAGCUGCAUUUUUCCAAGAUUGUAUAUCCGAACAAGACCUUGAUGAAAUGAACAUUGAAAUUAUUCGUAAUACACUGUACAAGGCAUAUCUCGAAUCAUUUUACAAGUUCUGCAAGACAUUGGGAGGUACAACUGCUGAUGCAAUGUGUCCUAUUUUGGAGUUUGAAGCAGACAGGCGAGCUUUCAUCAUCACCAUAAACUCUUUUGGGACAGAACUGUCUAAAGAAGACAGAGCGAAACUAUUCCCUCAUUGUGGAAAACUCUACCCAGAAGGUCUUGCUCAGUUAGCCAGAGCAGAUGAUUAUGAGCAGGUGAAAACCGUGGCAGACUAUUAUCCAGAAUACAAGCUACUGUUUGAAGGAGCUGGCAGCAAUCCUGGAGACAAAACCCUUGAGGAUAGAUUUUUUGAACAUGAGGUUAAGCUGAACAAGUUGGCAUUUCUGAACCAAUUCCACUUUGGGGUCUUCUAUGCAUAUGUGAAGCUUAAAGAACAGGAAUGCAGGAACAUUGUAUGGAUUGCAGAGUGUAUUGCACAAAGGCACAGGGCCAAGAUUGAUAACUAUAUUCCAAUCUUCUGAAUUCCAGUUUUGCUCACCACCACCCCCACCCCAAUACAUGAAAUACUAAUUGCAUUUAAUCUCUUUACUGUUUCUAGUUUAUAUGUUUUCAUUUGUAAAAUGUACAUUGAAUUUCCUGGACAUUUUCCUCAUAUUCCUUUUUUUUUUAAAGGCAUUGCUGACGUUUUAAUUUGUAAUCUGCUCCUUGAAAUAAGACUAAAACAAUAAAACUAACUCCAAAUCCUAAUUGCUUAAUUUACAAUAACCUGUGAAGCAUUGGCAAGUUGAUUCACUGUACUCAUAAACAUUAAUUGUAUUUUUAAAACUAAUUUUCCAAUAAGUGUGGGAAAUUAGUUUUUUUAAUCUUUUUUUGGCAAUAUUACAGUUCUCAGUGCUUUAACGUCUUUAUUGGAGUUAUCUUUCAAUGUCUUAAUUGCAAUGCAAAAUCAUAGGGAGCAGAUGGAUCAGAAGGUCAGCAUUGCAAUUUCUUCAAAUAUUUGAAAAUCUUUAUAUAAUGAUCAUCUUUGAUCAAUGGUAGUCGUUUAUCUUGUAAGUGCAAUGCUUUAUUUUUGGAAAAUGCUCCACACUGCAUUGAGUAGCUGAAAAUUGUUUAUAUGUAUGCUGUAAUUAUUCUGCCACUGUUGUUCCUGGAGCAUUCACUUCUGCAUGAGGUAUUUUAGUAUUACUCCAGCAUUCACCACAAACUUGUUUACAUUCAGGGAAGAAUUGGCUGGCUGGGCCCAUGUUCACAAGGAGUUUUGCUUGUUCGUUAUGUUGAAGCAUAAAAUGCGAAUUUUGAAAAUAAAUGGUAGAUUCUUGAGUACGGACCUAGGAGUAAAGUAUUUCUAUGUGCAAUUUGGUAAUUCAUGUGCUGUGUGUAGAAAGCUCUUGAGUUUUGUGUAAUAAUGUGAUUCUGAUUAAUUUGUGAUCUGAAAUUUAAAAUUCUGUGACUUGUUAACUGCUGUACAUUGUAUUUGUGAUCAAGUCCUUAAUAAAGUGAUGGCUGCUUCCUUGAA